UGUGCGGAGCGGGGAGCCCCUUCCAGCGAUGCCCGUAGUGAGCGCGGCAGCCUGCGCCCGAGCGUCGGUGUCGAUCAGCGGGGACCUCUGACUCUCUCUCUCUCUCUCCGCGGCGGCAUGGGCUGCGCUCCCAGCAUCCACGUCUCCCAGAGCGGCGUCAUCUACUGCCGGGACUCGGACGAGUCCAACUCCCCCCACCAGACCACCACCACCAUCUCGCAGGGCGCCGCGGCCACGCUGCACGGGCUCUUCGUCAAGACCGACGCGGCCGAGUCCAUCCCCGCCGUCCUCGCCUUCCAGAGCCGCCACGCGCGCAACAGCGACCCGUGCCGCGAUCGCAGGGAGGGGGGGCGCGUCGGCAUCGAGGCCGAGACACAGACCAGCCGCACCAGCGUCAAGGUUUCAGCUACAGAGGAAUGUGUAGGACCCAUGAGACUGACCCAGGAGCCCAUCCAGGUCCUGCUGGUGUUCGCCAAGGAGGACGGCCAAAGCGACGCCUUCUGGUGGGCCUGCGAGCGCGCCGGCUUCAGGUGUGACAUCGCACGCACGCCCGAGUCCGCCGUCGAGUGUUUCCUGGACAAGCACCACGAGAUCGUGGUCGUCGAUGGACGCCACUCGCGCUACUUCGAGGCCGAAGCGGCGUGCCGGUUGAUCCGUGCGACGAAGCCGUCUGAAAACGCCGUUAUUCUCGCCGUUUUGCCUCAAAGAGCGCCCGACCAGGACGAGCCAUCGGUCCUGCCUCUCCUCCGCGCGGGAUUCAACAGAAGGUUUGUGGAGAGCAGCAGCGUGUCGGCCUGCUACAACGAGCUCGUACAGAUCCAGCACGGCGAGGUGCGCUGCCAGUUCAAACUCAGGGCUUGUAACUCGGUCUUCACGGCGUUGGAGCACUGCCAGGAGGCCGUGGAGAUCACCAGCGAGGACCACGUCAUACAGUACGUGAACCCGGCGCUCGAGCGGAUGCUGGGCUACCACAAGGGGGAGCUGAUCGGAAAGGAGCCCGCCGAACUGCCCAAGAGCGACAAGAACCGAGCCGACCUGCUGGACACCAUCGACGCCUGUGUCAAAAAAGGAAAGGAAUGGCAGGGCGUCUGCUACGCCAGGAAGAAGUCGGGCGACAGCGUGCAGCAGCACGUGAAGAUAGCGCCCGUCGUCGGCCAGGGGGGGAAGAUUCGACAUUUCGUGGCCGUCAAGAGACCUCACGGUGACAACAACAACCAGGUUCACAAGUUGAACAAGGAGGAGCGCUGCAUCGGGGAAAACUCCCAGUCAGAGUGCCAUCCUCUACGUCACCGGGACAGGAGGAAAGAUUCAAUCGACGGCAGGUCGCUCAGCUCUCGCGGCAGUGACGCUCCGAGUCUACAGAACCGGAGAUAUUCCUCCGUGGCCCGGAUUCACUCCAUGACCAUCGAGGCUCCCAUCACGAAGGUGAUAAACAUCAUCAACGCGGCGCAGGAGAGCAGCCCGGUGACGGUGGCCGAGGCCCUGGAUCGGGUGUUGGAGAUCCUGAGGACCACGGAGCUCUACUCCCCUCAGCUCGCCUCCAAAGACGAUGACCCCCACGCCAACGACCUGGUGGGGGGGCUCAUGAGCGAUGGUCUGCGGAGACUCUCUGGCAACGAAUACGUCUUCUGCAAAAACAUGAGCCAGAGCCAGCUGUCCGUCCCGGUGACUCUGAGCGACGUCCCCCCGCCCAUCGCCGAGAUGCUGAACCACGAGGAAUGCUGGGAGUUUGACAUCCUGGAGCUGGAGGCGGCCACGAACAAGAGGCCGCUCACGUAUCUCGGGCUGAAGGUCUUCGCCAGCUUCGGCGUGUGCGACUUCCUGAGCUGCCCGGACGCCACGCUGCGCUCCUGGCUGCAGCUGAUGGAGGCCAGCUACCACUCCUCCAACUCCUACCACAACUCCACCCACGCCGCAGACGUGCUGCACGCCACCGCCUACUUCCUCCGCAAGGAGAGGGUCAAGAACAUCCUGGAACAGCUGGACGAGGUGGCGGCGCUGAUAGCGGCCACGGUGCACGACGUGGACCACCCGGGCAGGACCAACUCCUUCCUGUGCAACGCCGGCAGCGAGCUGGCCGUCCUCUACAACGACACCGCCGUGCUGGAGAGCCACCACGCCGCCCUCGCCUUCCAGCUCACCACCCGAGACGCCAAGAGCAACAUCUUCAAGAACACGGAGAGGAACCAGUUCCGGACCCUGCGGCAGGCCAUCAUAGACAUGGUGCUGGCCACGGAGAUGACCAGGCACUUUGAGCACGUCAGCAAGUUCGCCAACAGCAUCAACAAGCCGACGGCCGCCAUCGAGGAGAGCGGCCCCGCCAGCGCCAACGGCGACGGCGACGGCGGCGGCCCGGCCAACAUCAGGAACUCCCCGGAGAGCCGCCUGCUCAUAAAGAGGAUGUUGAUCAAGUGCGCCGACGUGGCGAACCCCUGCAGGCCGCUCCGGCUCUGCGUCGAGUGGGCCGGGCGGAUCUCCGAGGAGUACUUCGCGCAGACGGACGAGGAGAAGAGCCAAGGGCUGCCCGUGGUGAUGCCCGUGUUCGACAGGAACACCUGCAGCGUCCCCAAGUCCCAGAUCUCCUUCAUCGACUACUUCAUCACCGACAUGUUUGACGCCUGGGAUGCCUUCGCCGACCUGCCUGGUCUCAUGGAACACCUGUCGGAGAACUACAAGUACUGGAAGGCUUUGGACGAGAUGAAGUGCAAGAGCCUCCGUCCUCCCACUGCUUUGUAGCCGCCUCCGUCAGUCUGAGCGAAUUCAAACAAUCACCCCCUCCCCUCUCCCUCCCCCCUCUCGCCCCCCUCGACAUUCCUGAAAACACCUCCACGAAGCUGUGAGCACCUCACAGAUCACCCGACAAUCUGCAACGAGCCACAGAACAGCACUUUAGUCCGAUGGAGACAUUUUCAUCACAAGCAUCUUUUAUCCGUUUCACUUGUUUCAGUUUUUAAUCUCCGUCAGACAGAUGUUUUCACUGUAAACGAAUAAUAAUAAUAAUAAUAAUAAUGAUAAUAAUAGAAGACGUUGUGCUUCUCAAACUGCCAACUCGUGAAGGUGCUCGGCCGGAGUGACUCCCGUCUUCUAGGGUCCACAGUGAGAGGGACACUCCCUGAGGGGGGGUCAAAGGUCAUGUAGCUACCUUUGGUCCGGGGACCAGAGGGCCCCCCUGCGGUGUCGCCGGGUAUCAGAUGAGACUGGAUCCUUUCAGCGCGCUCUCAUUAUAUUUGAACUCAUAGAGGCAACACGGUUCCGGAAAGCAGUUUUUCUUUCUUGCAGCACAUUGAAUUAGUUCAGAAAUCCAAAUAGAUUAGUGCUUGAAUCGAGAUGCAUCCAAAAACGAUCUGAGCUUCUUCGGUAAAUAGUGCAAAGUAGUUGUCACGUAUUCGCGGCUCGAUGUCCCGAGAGACAGAACAUGGACCCAAAGGCACACAGAGCUCCUCACAGGUGCCUUAUUCUCAUGCUCACCUUCAACAGGUCCUGGUUCCUGCUCUGCAAAAAGAAAAAGCCAUGCACGUAAAUUUAUAUUUAGUCAGUGUCGAUGCUUCCGCACCAACCAUUUUUUUUUCCUUUUGUACCACUUUUUUCCAACAGAACUUGGAUCACAUGUGAAUUUUGCAAGCAGAACUGCUACUGAGUCACAAUGACAUGACGUCAUUCAAUCAACGCCUUAAUCGUGUAACGUCUCGGUGUUUCGCUCUGCUGUUACUGCAACACACGGGAAACACUGUCCUGCUAAAUACUCACUAAACGGAUCCUUUUUGCUUCGCGCUUUACAUCCACACGGCCAUGGUUCUGUGACCAGGAGCGUGAUGGUUUUGACGGUUUAUAUUUCCUCUCGUUUGUCUCCGGCGUGCCAAACCCCGUGUCGCGCUUCCAUCGUUCAUCAGAAUCAGAACCGUUUGUUGCCGAGUAGGCUGCAGACGGGACUCCUGCUCGAGUGCAUUAAAUAAAGAGCAGGGAGGAUGCGCAACGCUCGUCUUUGGCGUGCAGGAUGACGGGGGGCGGAGUCAGUGGGACCACGUUGCGAAUUAUUUUUCAGAGCGAAUCGCGUCGUCUGUGAGACCUGAUGUGUGUUUGGAGGACGAAUACGUGUGCGUUAAAUAGUUUGAUGUUCUGUCAGAAACAGAAAUGUAUUGUUACACACGAUUAAAGCAUUCUUUCAAUUUCA